AUGGAUAUCUUACUCCCCUUCUUGUGCGUGCACAGGAAUUUGAAUGGCAGUGGACUCACAUGCCCUCCUGACAACACCCCAUGCGUGGCGCAGCAACGACUUCAGAGUGCCUUUUGCCUCCAGUGCCCUUCCUUCUGCACCUCCUGCAUCAAGCCCGCACCUCGUGAGCCAUUACCUCCGCUCACCUCGUCCCCUCCCAACAGUUGGAGCGCUACUACAGCGUCCCCACCUCCCCCCACUGCCUCCCCAGCAUCCCCACCUCCACCUGCAACGUCCACCUCCCAGUCUGGCGGCCUGUCAGCAGCAGCCAUUGCUGGCAUUGCCGUGGCUGCUGUGGCUUCCCUGCUGCUUCUGCUGAUUGGCAUGCUGCUAUGCUGGAGGCGCUACAAGAACGACAGAGAGACAGCACAAAAAUCAGCGACAGCUGACGAGGGCAAGGAUGCAGUACUGCAAGUAAAGACAGAUUCUCAAGGUCUGGCUGGCAGUGUGGCGGCCUCGCACUGCACGGAGUACUCCCUGGAGGAAGUGCUCGCAGCCACCAGCAACUGGGCGAGCGACAACCAGCUGAGCUUUGGUGUGCUCAUGCUCGUGGUGCUCACUGGUCGAAGCCCCUUCGGCACGGAUGAUGGAGAAAACGUCCAUAUUCUGGCAUGGGUAGAGGGGUGCAUCUGCUCUGACAACCCGGCCUCCCUCAAGGACCUGAGCAUGGACGCCCCGGAUGAUGCUGUGCUGCGCCUGGCCCAGCUGGCUCUCAGCUGCACUGUGGAGCGCACUGCAAGCCGACCCAACAUGGCAGGCAUGGCCAACGAGCUGCAGAAGAUCAGGGAUGAGGUGGUGGGGAAGGAGGAGCCAGUUGCAGCAGCUAAAGUGGAUGAGCGGGCUCGAGAGAUUAAGGGCUUGACUUCCGCGGAUGCUCAUUUGCAGUGCAUUGACAAAAUCCUGGAAGGGGAUUCGUUUGGUGACCACUCAAGUGCUUGA